GUCCCUCACCAUAUGAAAACCUUGCCCUAUUACAGCUACGACCAACCGGUGAUUGGAUAUUGCCAGGCCCACAAACCCCUCCAUGUAAAUAAGGGAUAUGACACAAUCUCCCGGGACCAGGCUGAAGCCACCAACUUGGAGUUGAGUCGAGACCACAGCUUCAUUGCUACAAUUGCACGUUCGGCUGCUCCAGCUAUUUACAUUGAGAGAAUACCAAACUGA